AUGCCCAAGAAAAUCCUCAUAAUCCUCUCUGACGCCAAAUCCUACCCCCUCAAAACUUCCACUGACACAACCCCCCAACAAACCGGCUUCUUCUUAAUGGAGCUAGCAAAACCCCUCGCAAAGCUCCUCGAAUCCUCCCACGAAAUCACCUUCUCCAGCCCCAAGGGUCUGAAGCCAGAACCAGACCCAAACAGCGAAUCCCUCCUCGCAUUCGCGGGGAACUUCUACGAGCGACAGCGAGAAAACGAACUCAUUGACAGAAUGAGGAGGGAGAAUGGGUUUAGUACUCCCCGGCCGUUUGAGAGUAUCAGUGAUGUGGAGUUGGAUUCGUUUGAUGGGGUUUUUAUACCAGGCGGACAUGCGCCGUUGACUGACCUCGGUAAUGAUAAGGAACUCGGGAGGGUGUUAUGGCAUUUCCAUGAUAAGGGGAAGCCGACUGCUGUUAUAUGUCAUGGGCCGUAUGCGUUUUUGAGUACGAGGGAGGUCCGUGAUAGAGGGUUUGCAUAUAACGGGUAUCGCAUUACGUGUUGGAGUGAUGCGGAAGAGAAGCUUAUGGAGACUGUUAUGGGUGGGGAGAUACCGAAGGUUGAGAGUACGCUGAGAGAGGCGGGAGCUGAGAUGGUAGAGGGGGCUGGUACGAAGGUUGGGGGGAUUAUGGUUGAUAGGGAGGUGGUUAGUGGUGCGAAUCCGAUGGCGGCGGGGGCGCUGGGGGAGAGGUUUUUGGAGAUGUUGGGUAGGUAG